AAACAAUAAUAUUUUGUACAAACUAUAGGUGGCUGGUUCUCUAAAAUUUUAGUAUGGUUAACUGCUAAACGUUAAACUCUUGCUAAUCGGGCAUGAAUGGACCCGAAAAUAAUGAGAUGAUAUCGUGUUUAAUGUUAUGUUCAUUUCGUCGGUUUUGGAUCACAUGUGUUGAUCAAUUUAUAGGGCAUUAACAUAUAAAUGAGUUAUAAUUAACCUCAUUAUACAAUUUUUACUCUUUAUAAUAAUUAAUUUAAUCUUAAUGUUAGUGAUGUUUGAAAUAUUUUAUGUAUGAUUUAGAGGUAUAAUUAUUAUUUGUGACAUCAGUUGUAGUUUAUCAAAUGUAGUAUUUCAUCAGAUAGUCAAAAUCGAAUACUGGGUGCAUUUAUGACUGUUUUUAUCUUGGUGUUGUGAAUAGGUAGAAAAUUAAUUAUUACAAUGCAUAUAACUAUACCUAGGCACAUGGUCGAUCUAACCAUGAAGACAAUGUAUAUGGAUCAACCAUGUACAAGAAUGAAUGCUUCAUGGGUCGUACCAUACUUAAACUUCAAGGGCUCGCACACAAGUUCGAGCACCACACGGUCUAUAUUUGUGAACUCAUGUUUUAUGGAGAAAUGCGCCAUUUAAUAAAAAUAAAACAAAAUAUUCUAAAAAUAACAUGUAAAAUUUGAAUUAAUGAGUAGUUUCUCACAUCAACGUGUGACGUCUCAUAUUCUAAAAGGUUUAUAAAAUACAUUCAUUGUUUAUUUUGAGUCUCAAACUUUUUUCAAUAUAUACAACUAAAAAAUCACUUAUAAAUUCAUUCUUGAUUAACUCAAAAGCUGAAAAGUCUUUUUGCAGUAAUAACAAACAAUGCCAACGAUAACUUUAGAAGCAAGUAAAGUGAAGAAUAAAUUGAGAUUUAGUAUUUCUUUGCAAAUGUGUGUUUGGGGGGGGGGGGGGGGGGGGGGGGGGUUUAGAAAGGGUUGAAACUCAUAUAUCAUUUGUUUGAAUAUUGAAUAUUGCAUAUUGAAUUGGAGUAUUGAACAUUUUGGAAGCGAUAUAUAUUCUUAAAUUAGUUUAAAUUUUCAGCCCGAUUGACCAAUAGCCUUAGUGAUGCAGCGCAGCUGGAGGCCAAGCUUGAUGAAGCUAUUCGUAUGGAAGGCGGGACGGAAGACGUGAUGCUGCAUGAUGCAUGACGAUGAUGCUUAUGUUUAUUUGUUUCAUUAUUAUAUUUGGUUUUCCUAAUAGGUUUUGGUUUUCAUUAUUAUAUUUGGUUUUCCUAAUAGGUUUCGGUUAAGGGUUAUUAUUAUUUAGUUUCAUUAUAGGUUUUGGUUGCCAGUGGGUUUUAGUAUAUAAGGACCCUUUGUUCACGUGUAAGAACUCAACUUUUGGCUUUUGAUUAUCAAGUAAACCUAAGGGUUUUCUUCCUAGUGGAUUUCUGGGUUUUUCCUUAAGUUUGCGGCUUGCAAGCUUGUUUGUUUGAGAAGCUCGGCGCUUGCGAGUUCUUUGGUUUUCCGACUGCGUCAAGUGGUAUCAGAGCAGGCUUUCUCCUGUCUCUCUUCUAAGCUUGCACAGUCAUGGGAGAUCAACCGGUCAUAUGCGCGGAUAUCGAGGCUAUCACCACGGCUUUUACCACGGCAAUCACAACCUUGACAACGCAAGUGACAAAUUUGGCGGCACAGGUGAACAACAAUCAAAACAACAAUCCGAAUAGGAGGGAGCGAGGCAGGAGAGUCGAGCGGGAAGAACGUCCCAAGAGGGCGCAUGGUGCUCAACCCGGUUCCGAUUCUGGUUCGGAUGAAGAGGUCCAUGACGAGGACCAGGAUCAUGAUGUUGAUCGGCAAAAUCGCAACGAUUAUCGGGUCAAGGCAGACAUCCCUUUGUUUUAUGGAACUAUGGGCGUUGAGGAUUUUCUUGAUUGGCAACUUGACGUCGAUAGAUUCUUUGAUGUGAUGGAGGUACCCGAAGGUAAACAAGUUAAGAUGGUAGCCAUUUGUUUGCAGAGUACUGCUGCAAUAUGGUGGGACAAGCUUGUCGUCCAGCGCCAGCGCCAACGAAAAGCUCCGAUCCGAACAUGGCGAAGAAUGAAGCAGCUGAUGAUGGAGCGGUUUCUAUCGGAAGAUUACGAACAAAUAUUAUACAUGAUGUACAUUGAUUGUGCCCACGGUCGGAGAAGUGUUACUGAAUACACGACGGAAUUCCUACGUUACACGGAACGCAAUGAGCUGGGAGAGACAGAAGGGCAAAAAGUCGCUCGAUACAUCAAUGGGCUGGUGGGUUCAAUUCAAGAAAAGAUAGGUCUGCAGACUGUGGCGGAGGCCUCGACCCUAGCAUUGAAGGCUGAAUUGAUGGAGAAAUCCCCCAGGAAUCUUCCCCCUUUUCGUCGAUUCCCUCCCUCGGGAAAUCCUGUUGUUGCCAGUGAUAAGGAUAGGGCAAUGGGUGCCAAAGAACUCCAGUCCACCACGAAACCUAGUGGCGGCACUUCCAGCUCAAACAAAGGACCAUUCCCAAAGGUUCCUAACCCGUACGUGAGACCUACGGAAGAUAAUUGUUUUCGCUGUGGUGGCCAAGGCCAUCGUUCUAAUGUAUGUCCUUCCCGGAGAACAUCAACAGUCUUGGAUGAGACAAUUGGAGUGACUAACGAUCUGGACGAAGAAGAGGAGAGUAACGAGUAUGAAGGACUCGAGUUUGCCGAGGAGGAGUCCGAGGACGUAUUAAAUAUCGUGCUUCAGCGAAUCCUGUUAUCGACGGCAGAUGAUGGACAACACAAAAAUCUUUUUCGGACACACUGUUCUAUUAAUAAUAAGGUGUGUAACCUUAUUGUGGACAAUGGAAGCACUGAAAACCUAGUGUCCCAGAGGCUGGUCGCAUACUUAGAACUCCCUACUGAACCUCACGCUAAGCCUUAUGCGCUAGGUUGGGUAAGUAAAGGGCCGCAGGUAAAAGUCACGCGGACUUGCGAGGUUCCUAUCUCGAUUGGAAAACACUACAAGGAGGAGGUCGUGUGCGACGUUCUCAACAUGGAUGUGUGCCAUGUGCUCCUAGAGAGGCCGUGGCAAUAUGAUAACAACAUUACCUAUUGGGGCAAAGAUAAUGUAAUGAUGUUCAGUUGGGGUUCGCAUAAAAUAGUGAUGGCCCCAGUCUUGAGUUUCAACAAACAACCGGGCAAGGCGAGGUCUAGUUUUCUCAGCAUGGUGCAUGGUGAACAAGAGCUAGUGGAAGCCGUGAAGGAAGCCGAGUGGAUUUGUCCCGUCGUUGUGAAAGGAUUGUUGCAUGCGGCAGGGGAAGAGACUUCCACACCAUCGGAAGUGCAAGAGAUAUUAAAGGAAUUUGGGAAACUAUUAUCGGUGGAGCUGCAUGGUGCCCUGCCGCCCAUGCGGGAUAUUCAGCACCAUAUUGAUUUGAUUCCAGGAGCCAGUUUACCGAAUUUUCCCAAUUACCGAAUGAGCCCAACGUAGAAUGAGAUAUUACGGGAGCAGAUUGAAGACCUCUUGAAAAAAGGGUUCAUACGUGAAAGUAUGAGUCCAUGCGCGGUACCCGUGUUGCUCGUACCAAAGAAGGGUAACCAAUGGCGCAUGUGCGUGGAUAGUCGGGCAAUCAACAAGAUUACUAUUAAGUACAUGUUCCCUAUCCCACCGCUAAAAGAUAUGCUUGAUGAGUUUACCGGUUCGAGAGUGUUCACGAAGAUCGAUUUACGAAGCGUAUAUCACCAGAUCCGCAUUCGACCCGACGAUGAGUGGAAAACGGCGUUCAAAAGCAAGGAUGGGUUAUACGAAUGGCUAGUCAUACCGUUUGGGUUGUCAAACGCGCCCAUCACUUUCAUGCGUUUGAUGAAUCAGGUUCUGCACCCUUUCAAUGGUUCAUUUGUAGUAGUCUAUUUCGAUGAUAUACUAAUUUACAGCAAAACCAAGGAGGAUCACCUGGGACACCUGAGGCGUGUAUUUUAAGCUUUACAGGAAAAUGAGUUGUACGUAACCUUGAAGAAGUGAACUUUAUGUACCGACAAGCUUUUAUUCUUGGGAUUUAUCGUGGGUGCUGAAGGAAUUCAAGUCGAUGAGGAGAAAGUUAGUGCCAUCCGCAAUUGGCCUACGCCUGCGACUGUGUCGGACAUCCGAAGUUUCCACGGGUUUGCUACCUUCUAUCGCCGAUUCGUGCGCGACUUCAGUACUAUUACUGCUCCUAUUACUGAGUUCCUGAAGAAAGGGAAGUUUCACUUGGGUCCUCCGCAAGAGCGUAGCUUCGAGAUGAUCAAGGAAAAGCUCUGCACCGCACCAGUCCUUGCCCUCCCCGACUUUGACAAAAUUUUCCAGGUUGAGUGUGAUGCUACCGGGUUGGAGUAGGCGCUGUACUCUCACAAGAAAAACGGCCUGUUGCCUUUUUCAGCGAGAAACUAAGUGAAUCUCGACAGUGAGUUCAUCCUGUUUACUGACCAUCUCGCAUUGAAGUACUUCCAUAGCCAAAAGAUUAUUAACAAGAUGCAUGCCCGAUGGGUGAGUUAUUUACAAAAAUUUCCUUUCAUCAUCCAACACAAAUCCGGCGUCCAGAAUAAGGUUGCUGACGCAAUGAGCUGGCGCGCCUCUUUGCUGGUUACACUGGCGCACGAGAUCAUCGGGUUUGACUUAUUAAAGGAUCAAUAUGAGU